AUGAAGUUCGCUCAACUCGCAAUCCUCCUGAUGGCCCUUGUCAUCGCCCUGCUCACAAUCGUCGACGCCGGCAAGUCCAAGCCCAAGCCCAAGCCCAAGCCCAAGAAGAAGCCCAACCCUACCCAGACCGUCCGCUUCGGCAAGAAAAUCUCUGGAAAGUCUACCUGGUUUAACGGCCAUGACCUCAAGGGUGCGGCAUGCUACGGAAACUUGAUGGGCAACUCCCACGUCAACGCCGCCGACUCUUGGAUGAUCGGUGCCGUCCACAUGAAACAUUACAAGGGCGGCGACCGCACAGCUUGCUUCGAGUGCGCAAAGAUCACUGCCGGCAAGCGUUCCAUCGUCGUCCGUAUCAUUGACGACUGUGCUGGCUGUGCUCCCAACCAGAUUGAUCUCACUGCCUCUGCGUUCAAGAAGCUCGCUCCUCUCAACCAGGGAGUUGUGAAGACUACUUAUGAGUUUGUGAGAUGCCCUACAAAGGGAAACAUCAAGUGGCCCAAGUCUCCCAAGCCCAAGUCCCACUAA